AUGUCCUACCAGUCACCGCCGUACAUCAAGCCGGAUCCGGAUGGGUCCUUCUAUCAGGUCUCCCAGGGAGGGUUCUCCUCCAUGGGCGGCAACCCCGAACCGAUCUUCAACCGUGGCGGGUUCUCGUCUUUUGACGGCCACUCUCCGUCGUCGUCGAUGAUCCCCGAAGACGACCUGCUCGAAAGUCUGAACGAAAACUAUCCCGAAUUCUCAGCUGUCGUCAGCCAGGACCUCCAGAGCCAGAGUCAGUUCUCGGCACCCCAGAACAUGGGCGUCGGGGGCUACCUCUCGCCGCCGAACCGCAACGUGCCGCUGAACUCGGGCUCGCCGUUCGACGACUACAGCAACCGGCAAAUGUACCAGCAGACGCCGAGCGGCAGCGGCAGCGCGCCACGGCAGAUGAUGCCUGAAAGUCACACGCAGCGCUUCCUGAACGUGAACGAGUACAACCGCCCACAGAAGCAGUCUGGCAUGAACAGUGUCUCGAUUCCGAACUCGGUUGGCAGUUGGGGCGCGGGAGGCACGCCGGAAAGCUUCGAUCAGACUUUCUCGCCGCCGCCGGCGAUCAAGGGCGAGGGCGCUGACAAGCAGAAUCUGCUGAUGAUGGAGAAGCGGAGGAGGCGUAGAGAGUCACAUAAUGCUGUCGAACGACGUCGUCGCGAUAACAUCAACGAGAAAAUCCAAGAGCUGGCCUCUUUGAUUCCUGAGCAUCUAUUAGAAGGCACCGGCUUCACACACAACAACAACCCAGGAAGCGGAGUGAAUGUCGGCAGUGUCGGCACUGAGGUGUCGACCCCAGGUGGUACUAGCGGCACACCAGGGCUUUCAGCCUCGGCAGCCGCCGCGCUGGGUCGUGAUGGGAAGCCAAACAAGGGGAUUAUCUUGAAGAAGAGCGUCGACUAUAUCCGACAACUGCAGCUGGCACAGGAGGAACUCAGACGGAAGAAUGAAGAGCUGGAGAAGCGACUACAAAGGCUAGAGCUGCGAGAUGGGAAUGACGAGAAUUUGAGAGUCGGAAAUCAGACUGGAAGCCAGGACUAUCUGAAGACGACACCUUCAAAGUCUGACAGCGACGAUUUUGCCGACUUUGAGUAUGCCGAUAACGUAUUCGAUACCAGUCUGCAGGGAUUGGGAGAUGAUUUGAGUACUACCAGUCGAUUCAGCAAUAUGGAGAUCAACUAG